ACACACACAUAUAUAUAGUGGGAUCAGAGAACUUAACCUUUUUAAACCAUAUAGUCCUUUAUAGAGAAAUGGCUUUCCUAUUUUUUUGAGGUGAGAGCGUUUUGAUUAUACUCUAAAAUAAUUAGAUCAAGUAAUUAUUUUACUCGAUAUAACCAACUGGCUUAGCGCAAAAUAGGAAUUAUCCUGGUUUUGAAAAGUUAGGUAGAACUUUUGCUGACUGCAGUUUAGCUAUCAGGUCAUGAAACCUCAGGAAAACCCUCACUAAUAAUGAGGAAGCAUAUUAUUUGUGAUUAUCUUUGAAAUGUAUUUUUUAGAAUUUUUCAAGCACCGCUAGGAUUUCUAAGGAAUCUCGUGUGGGUGUGGUUAUUUUUUCUUCUCAUUUGGGGGCACCACGUAUUGCAUCUAGAGACUGAAAGCGGCAUGUUUCCAUAGGGUAUGAUCAAGCAUGGCUUUCAAAGACAGUAUCCAUUCUCUCUUGGAGCUGGAGCCUGAUUUAGAAUUAAUUGCAAUGCAGAGUGCCUGGUUCAUAAUUUCCCGCCGUGCUGCAGACAGUGUAUUUUAGCUUUGAGGGACCUUUUCAAGGUCUAAUCCUUGUUUUAAACUUUGAGACAAAAUGGUGUUGAAGAAAUAAUAUCUCCUUGCUAGUCAAAUAAACUUCUGUUCAAAGAGAAAAAAGUUUGUGGAAGUGAAAAAUAUGUAAUACGUGUAAUAUUUUAGCUUUCAUAGAAAUUCAAAUGAUUUGAAGGAUUAGUUCACUUUGGUUGUGAGCUGAGGAGAGAGAAACCUGCAGGAAAAGGUCUCAAGCUUCUUGAGUUUAUUUCUUUGUUUGAAGAUGGCUUUGAUGAUUAGGACAAUUGUACCCAUCUUUUCCAUGGGAGUUUAAAAAAACAAUUUGGGUAUGGAGCCGAAUAUUCAUAUUCAGUCCCAGUGACAAAUGUUAGGACAGAAAGAUGUCCCUGCUUAUAGCAGUGUCAGAUAAUAUGCAGAACAUGUUAAAGAAAAUAACUUUGUACACAGUGUCACUUUUGAUAUAUAAAUAACGAUGUCACAUUUAAAAUCCUGUACAAUUCUCAUUUGAUAUAAUGAAUAUGAUUCCAAAUUUUCUUGUGUGUAUUCCUUUUUACAUAAAAGAACAUGCUUUCUGGUCUUCUGCAGUUUACCGGACCCCUGGCCAAAGCAUUUUAUUGAAUUAAAUGGUCGUGUUUUCUUGCCUUUUUGUUUCAUGGUGAUGGUUGAAGGCAGGAGUUUUAGAAACACCAGGAUUCCUAUUUAUUUAAAUGCAUCAGUGUUUUAAUGGAAGUACUACAUCUUCGAAAACUGCAUAUCCUCAAAAAUUCGGGAGCAGCUUAGCAAUAAUAGCCCACCAUUAUGAUAUCACAGGAUGAGACCACUAGAUUCAUAAAUAAAGUAUGGCUGUAUUACUUUUGACCCUUUUGAGACGUUUCUUCACAGACUCCGAAAGAGAUAGUAAACUGUGGCUAUCCUCACAGGCAUUUCACUUCUGGAAAAAUCAAGCUCAUAGUGAAUUUAUUGGCCAAGAGAUCUACAGCCCUGGGACGCGGGGCACCAGUGCAUCUUCCUUACUAGACUAGGAGCUUAGAGUUGAGAACGGCAGUUCUUUCGUCUUGAGGAUUUUUGUUUUCCUGAUUUGGAUUUGUGUGUUUCUUGUUUGGUUAAUGUAGUAGCAUGCGAUCAAUACAAAUUCCAAAAAUCUUCAAAUCAGAAUACAGAAAAUAAACACACACAUGCUCUCUCUCUCUGUCUCACACACACACACACAGACACACACACAUGUAUUAACUGCCUGCUACAAGCCAUGCUCUAAAACACACUCAUCCCCACACGUACAUAUAUUCUUCAAGAUUCUGUGUUGUGAAUGGAUACCAUUAAUUAAUUUAUGAUAUGCACACAGAGAAAGAGAGAGCACACACACACAAGCCUAUGUGAGAAAGCACUUGGGGGCAGGGUAUAAAGUCUUCACCUCAAACAUACCUAACCUGAAUAGUAAAGUCCUUUUUUUUUUUUUAACCUUUACUAAAAGAAGAUGGAGUUUCCUAUUGAUAAUGGUGCAUUUAGGCACUAAAGAUUUUAGUAUUUUGGAUAUCUGCCUAGUAGUGAAUGUAAUGUAACUGCAGUGAACUAAAAAUUCGAGUGACGUUUUUGCAUCUUUCCUCCUCUAACCUUGGGAAUUAUGAAAGAAUUUCGCUAUGAAGUAAACCCAGACUCUAGCUGCCUUAUUCUAAAGGCGAGUCACAUCAAUGGAUCCAGCUCCCAGAAAGCAAACCAAGACCCGCUUGGUUUUCCAUUAACGCUUGCUCUCCUAUGCCCCAUGUCUGAGUCUGACAAGUUUUUUGGGGGGCAUUCUGCCCCGAUUCUGGGGAAGUGAGAUGCUGCACUGCUUGCGCCACUCUUACCAUCACUUCCUGUCCGGUGUCCAUACGUGUAUAUUUGCAGACAACUCAGGUCAUUUUGUGUCACAGGCGUUUUGUAUAACCAUUCCACUUUAUAGGGAGAAAACACAUGAUGUAAAAGCAACAACUGACCCACCCUUUAAGGCUUUCAAACAGCACUCAAAAAGGCACAUGUACAAUUUUAUCCAGGUCUUAGAAACUUUGAGUGUUAGAGUAUCCACAUAACACAAAUGCACACAAACACAUUGAAAAUUCAGAUAAGAAGCCUGAUAGCAAUGGGGUUUUGUCAUGGACUCAGGCCACCCCAAAUCAAGCGGUAGCAACAGUAACAAAACUGUUUUUAUUGCGAUGGUGACUCAGACUGGUUUCUUCCUAUAGACCUACGGUUUUAUUGUCCUUGGCAGUUUAGUAAGUUACUCCAUGCUUCAGUUCAUCUUUCUCCAUCUCGUGUAAUGUGUGUCCAUGGCUUUAGCUUUUUAGUGUCGUCACUUUAAAGCUUUGACGUCAUUUUUAAACGUUCCAUGGUAUACUAACACAUAUUUUUAAGAUAUCAUGAAAUGUUGACAGAGCGUGCUGUCUCUUAUGUGUGAGAUAUAGAAGCAAACCAAAGAAACUUGGCAGAAACUUUCUAAAUGGAGAACCGGGUGCCCUCUCUGUUUCCAUGUGUCUCCAGUGGUGGGUACUCCUGAAACGGGCGGAAGGGAAAGGAACCGAGGCCUAAUCUACAGGCAACUGUCAAAUUGUUUCGGUUGUCUUUUUUUUCCUCCCCCUUCUCAUACUUCACUCUGACAAAUAGGGUGGCUUCGAAAGGUAUCUUCAGACAACUACCUAGUGACAAACUGUUAAAACAUGGUGACACCCCUAAGUCACAGGUGCGGGGGUCGUUUGUCUUCCCCGUUACAGGCCUGGCCUUAUUUCCUUUCUCCCCUGGCCAUUUCUAGCUUUGGGGAACUCACAAUUCCUGUUGACUAGAGGGUGCACACUUCUACCGCAAGCCUGACGAAUCAGACGUCCAAAUAAUUUCUGAACUCGUUCUGGUUAGGGCAGGAAGCCCGGGCUCCUUUCCUGUCUGUGUUUUCCUGAGCGAAAACUUAAUCUUCCCUCCUUUUUUGCAUAUGUGGCCAAUGGUUCCACCUUUCUCUUCACCCAAGUGGAGGGUGGAGGCAGCUGUGGAACCUUUGGGGAGGAGGAAGUGGGAGGCCAGCCCAGGAAGCAGCGUCCCUUCCCAGAUGGGCUGUGGCAGCAGAGGCUCCAGCUGGCACUGGGUCCGCAGGGCCUGAUCCUGAAAAUCUGAAUUUGUGUGAGAAUUGCAGCUUUCCGGUGGCUUCUGGGAAGCAGAGACUCAUUGAUAACCUGAGGACAAUGGAAGCUGAUGAGAGUCAAGACAUGUCCCAAGUUUCAGGGAAGGAAAGCCCUCCAAUAAGUGAUACUCCAGAUGAUGGGGAUGAACCCAUGCCUGUCCCUGAAGACCUUUCCACCACUUCAGGAGGACAGCAGAAUUCCAAGAAUGAGAGAGGAGUGGUUACAUAUGGGGCUGAUGGCUUUAGGGAUUUUCAUGCACUAAUUCCCAAAACUUUCUCUCCCAGUAAUGUUAAAGUAGAGACUCAGAGUGAUGAAGAGAAUGGGCGUGCCUGUGAAAUGAAUGGGGAAGAAUGUGCGGAGGAUUUACGAAUGCUUGAUGCCUCUGGAGAGAAAAUGAAUGCCCCCCCCACUGACCAAGGCGGCAAGGCUUUGUCGGGAGUUGGAGGCAUCCGACUUCCUAACGGAAAACUAAAAUGUGAUAUCUGUGGGAUAAUUUGCAUCGGUCCCAAUGUGCUCAUGGUUCACAAAAGAAGUCACACUGGGGAGCGCCCUUUCCAGUGCAAUCAGUGCGGCGCCUCUUUCACCCAGAAGGGCAAUCUCCUCCGCCACAUCAAGUUGCACUCCGGGGAGAAGCCCUUCAAGUGCCACCUCUGCAACUAUGCGUGCCGCCGGCGGGACGCGCUCACGGGCCACCUGAGGACGCACUCCGUUGGUAAACCUCACAAAUGUGGAUAUUGUGGCCGAAGCUAUAAACAGCGAAGCUCUUUAGAGGAGCAUAAAGAGCGUUGCCACAACUACUUGCAAAGCAUGGGCCUCCCAGGCACGCUGUACCCAGUCAUUAAAGAAGAAACUAAUCACAGUGAAAUGGCAGAAGACCUGUGCAAGAUAGGAUCAGAGAGAUCCUUGGUGCUGGACAGACUAGCAAGUAACGUCGCCAAACGUAAGAGCUCUAUGCCUCAGAAAUUUGUUGGAGAGAAGUGCCUGUCGGAGAUGCCCUAUGACGGCAGUGCUAGCUACGAGAAGGAGAAUGAGAUGAUGCAGUCACACGUGAUGGACCAGGCCAUCAACAACGCCAUCAGCUAUUUGGGCGCAGAGUCCCUGCGUCCCCUGGUGCAGACGCCCCCGGGCGGCGCCGAAGUGGUCCCGGUCAUCAGCCCCAUGUACCAGCUCCACAAGCCCCACGGGGAGGGCCCCCCACGAUCCAACCACACAGCUCAGGACAGCGCGGUGGAGAAUUUGCUGCUGCUCUCCAAGGCCAAGUCCGUCUCUUCCGAAAGGGAUGCCUCGCCAAGCAACAGCUGCCACGACUCCACAGACACGGAGAGCAAUAACGAGGAGCAGCGGAGCGGCCUCAUCUACCUGACAAACCACAUAACGCCCCACGCCCGCAAUGGCCUGUCCAUCAAGGAGGAGCACAGGGCCUAUGAGGUCCUGCGGGCGGCCUCCGAGAAUUCCCAGGACGGCUUCCGGGUGAUCAGCAUGAGCGGGGAGCAGAUGAAGGUGUACAAGUGCGAACACUGCAGGGUGCUCUUCCUGGAUCACGUGAUGUACACCAUCCACAUGGGCUGCCACGGCUUCCGUGAUCCUUUUGAGUGCAACAUGUGCGGCUUUCACAGCCAGGACAGGUACGAAUUCUCGUCCCACAUUACCCGAGGGGAGCACCGCUUCCACAUGAGUUAAGCCCCUCCUACCCUUCUCUGCCAAUAGACUGUGGCCGGCUCUGCUGCUGGAGCUGCAAAGAUCGCCCUCAAAGAAAAAGCACAAGACUCUCAUGAACAGGAAAUGCAUAUGAUAACUGCUGCCUUUUCCCCUCCCUCCCGAGCAUGUACUGGAUAAUAAUGUGUGUGAUCUUUUUAGGUGUUUGGUUUUGUUUGUUUUUUUUUUUUUUUUUAAGUUGGUUGUUUGGGAUUUGAUUUGCUCUUGAAAAUAAUGACAUUUUUAUUGUUAGAUGCAGGGUUCCCUUUGGAGCACCCAGAAUGCUACCUUACUAGAAGUUUUCCUAGACUGCUAGCGGAAAUCCCUUCACCUGUGGCUUCCCAGGAGUCCCCUUCUCCAAACAAUUAGUCAUUUCCAGAGAGAAUUUUAUAAAAGUCAGCCAAAGCCUGGGAAAGAGCGAGUUGGUUGUCAGCAUGGGAUUCACACACUCAGUGUGUUUUCCGAAUCCCCUAAACAAGUGAACUCCACACUGGGGGAAAAGUCAUCUCAGCGAAGGCUGCAGGUGAGCAUACAGGACUUGGGACAGCCUGGGAGGUGUCCCUAAUAGAGCAGGGCCUGAAAAGGUGCUGAGGCCACAAACAUCAGCCAUAAAUUCCCAGGGAUGAAAAACUGCUCUUUUUAAAAGAAAAGAUUUGAAGUCGCCUUCUGCAUAGAAAAACAAAUUAUUUGAGAAAAGAUGCAUCCAAUGGGCUGUCCUGGCAAAGAGGGAGGGUUUGGAGAGUCCUUUAUGCUUUUUCUUGAUUUCCAAGGUUCCCUGGGGGGUUUCUCCGGUGACUGCUAAGCGUCCUGAGGUUUGUUGGCAGGUGGGGUGAACUCAGUUCAGUGUUCAUCUUUGCACACCUGGAGACCCCUGUUCUCUGCUUUCCAUCCCCACAUCUUUAAUGGCCCCAAAGUCUAUCACUACAACUUAACCACCAGUCUAGAAAUUCGAACCUUAAUUCUUUUCAAACUACUCAACAGUAAAAUUCCUCCUCUGAAACCAAAGCUUUAGUCCAAAUUCCACACUCAAUUUUGUGGUCAUAUAUUCCUUCCCCAGGUCCGUUCCACCUGGGACUGUGAGCAUAUGUUCCCACGGUUCAGUUCCAACCCUCAUCUUAAUUAAGCACAUUUGUGUCUGUAGCCGAAGGCUUGGAUUUCUUAGUAUUUGGUAGAUUUCCCUACCCUAACUUUUUAUUUUUCAUGUUUUCAAAUCCAUAAAAGGAGGAUUUAGAACGACCAUUAAUUUUCAGGUUGAUGAAGUAGGGUAAGUGAAGUCCAGCCUCUCCAUUGCUAACACGCAGAACCUACCUGCUUGAAAUGAAAAAACUCCAUCAUGUAAGGACACAUCGGCACAUGUGUAACCCCACAGAUAUAUGAGGCAUGACUGGGCAUCUUUUUGCCAUUGUAGAUAACCAGAAUGUACGUGGCAGUCAUAUGCAGCUGCCCAAUACAACAAUGUCAUCCAGGUUUAAGAGAGAAGGGGUAGGUGGCCUCUUCAUGCUAUCCUGUAGGAUAAUCAAAUGCAUCUCUGAUGCAUGCCCAAGGAAGGUGUUUGGGGAUUCUCGUCCCAACCAGGAAGGCUCUCCCUCAAGAUUAAUCCUAUCAUUUCUAAGGUUAUUUCUCUCAACUUCCUAGGGCAAGGAAGAGCAUACAAUUUCAAAUGUUUCUAGUACUUGUCUUCACUAAAAGUGUGCCAAGGUGAACAUAGAAGAAUUUAGAAAAAAAAUGGUACCUACACACUUCAGUAUUUAAUGCAAAUCAGGAUUUCUCUGUUGGCACCACUGACCUUUGGAGCCAAUAACUCCUUAUUGUGCAGGCUGUCUUGUGCUUUGUAGGAUAGUUAGCAGCAGCUCUAGCCUCUAUCCAUUAGAUUCAAGUAGCACUCCCAGUUGUGACAACCAAAAAUGCCCUUGGGGCAAAAUCACUCCUAGGUGAGAACCACUGAUCUGAAUGAAUUUGAAACCAAUGAAAGGUCUGAGAAAUCUUCAACAAAAGCAAAAACAAUUGAAGCGUUUCUCCAUUUGUCAGUAUGAAGCCUGACUUGUGCUCCUUUAGAAUCAUUAUAAAUUCUAUAAAUGGAAUAUUCCCCUGCAGUCUUCAGAAAUAUGCCUCAUUGGGUGCGCUUGGGUCUGGUAGCCUAGGCUGAAGAUAAAGUUCUUCAGCCAUGGAUCUCUUUGCUGACUGAACGGUGUGGCCUUUUCAAAAUAGAAAUAAACAAAAUUAUUAUAAUGUUGACUGUGGCACAUCAAUGCAGUGAGAGAAGGAAGACAGAGAGGAGCUAAAACUGUUGGCAGCUUCAGCUCAGUAUGCAAGUUCAAAGAAAGAAACACCUUAUUCAAAUUAACAUAUCCAGGUGAGAGCCUUCUUGGAUUUCCAGUUUGCUAGCAAUGUCAUAGACCCUGUUCUUUAACACCCAUCCCACAGUCAAUGGGUUAAAGUGAAUUAUUUUUUUCCAGUGGUAUUCAAAGCUUAGACCAGAACUGUACAUAGUGGCCACAGGAGUUCUUUUCGAAAAUGCCUUUCCCUUCCUUCUCACUGUAUUUUAUAGCCAAUAUAAAUGUCUAUUUACACCCUUUGGUUGUGAUUUUAUAUGGUAACACCAUUUUUCUUUGAAACUAUUGUAUUUAAAGUAAGGUUUCAUAUAAUGUCAACAAGUAAUUAAAUUAUGUUUAAAAGGUGGCCAUAUUCUGUACCAAAAGUUGUUAAAGUUUUUCUUCUAGUUGGUAAAAGUAGGAUUUUGCAUGACUUCAUGCCUUUUUGUUCUGUGGUUUGUUCUGUUGUGUGUUGGUUUGAGUGUGUGUCUUGGGUACCCCUGCGUGAUGAGGCUUGCCUAGAUCUCAUGCACACUCACUGUGUUUAAAGUAUCAGAGAAAGGAGGGUUAAGAGUAGCAGGUUGACUUGUCGGUUGCAAUUAGAAAUUGCCAUUUCUAGUUCCUUCCACCUCCUCUGUUACCUGUGAGAUGGAAAACCUGAAUACCUACUCCCUAGGCUCUUUCAGUAAUGUGUAUCUUAGAGUGUAUGAUUGUCUUAGUUGAAGAGUCAAGAAAAUAUUUGCAUUAUCAUUGCAUUAUCAGUGAAGGUCUUAUCCCAGCACAAUGACUUCAGAUACCAGCAUGUUGCAUUUCAAAUGUAAAACCAAUCACAUAAUGAACUCGCAGACUCUUCAUUGAAAAAGAGAACUACCUGUUAAGGAGAUGUGGAUUUUCCUCCCCCUUCCUUCCUCCUCCCCCUCCCCCUCCCCUCCUCUUUCUACCCUCACUCCUCCUCCUCCUCUUUUUAUUUUUGUGCUUUUUUUCUUGUUUCGUUCUGUUUUGUUUUGACUACAUUGUGGCCCUUGUAAUGUUGUUGCCAAGACAACAGAGAGAUGAAAUGGACUGAUGUAGACAAAUCAUGAAGCAAAUGCAUUUCUCUAGUCUUCACUUCUUGAGUUCCAGCAAUAAUGAAGAGUCAACUCUAUUUAAAAUCCAGAAACCUAUCAUUCAGUUAAAUGUUUUUUACUUGGAAAUGAACCAAAAUUAGACUUAUUUAAGAUGUACAGGCAUCAGAAUAAAAAAGCACACAUGCUAUUGGUGCAAUAGCAUUCACUGUGAACAUGUGUAACCAGAUAUUAAUAUGCAAUAUUGUUUCCAAUACUUUCUAAUACACUUUUUUAUAAUAUUGUGUGUGGUGAUUGUUAAGGUUGAAUUUGUUUAUAUCCAUUAUAAUGUUAGGUCUUCAGCUGCCUUUUUUGGCGAGUAUGUGUACAGGAUUGUAAAUGAAAAAAUGCAGUUGUAUUUCCAAUCUGCCUUGAUGAUUAUGUUAAAUUAUUUCUGUUUAGCUGUGAACAAGGGAUGUGCAACUGGAAGAACAGAGUAUCCUUUUGUACACAUUUCGAAAUGCUUCUUCUGUAGUGAUAUAACAAAUAAAUGCAAAGAACACCA